AUGAAAAGAAAAAAAAAAUUUAACUCAAAAAUUGAUAAUUACAUUCAAGCUAUUUUAAAUGAUAAAAUUGAUAAAUCUCACAAUAAUUUCGACUUUUAUAAUCCUCAUCCCAUUUUUGAAGAAAUUGAAGAGGAAAACUAUAACAAUAAAAAGAGAAAACUAGUUUUUGAUAAAAAUUCUUGUAGACAAAGAAAAAUAUUAAAAUCUGAAAUUCAUGAAACAAUAACUAUAAAUAAAACUGAGAAUUCUAAUACUAAUAACGAUCCAGCUAAAAAAUUGUCUUUAUUAGAAAGAAUUAGAUUAAAAGAAAAAAAUAAACUUGAAGCAAAUAAAUUAAAAUAUAGAAACAAUACAAUUGAUUCUAAUAAACCUAUCAAAAAGAUUAAAGAAGAAAAUUAUUUAAUUGGGAAAUUAAAGCCUGUAUUCAAUAUACUAUAUUUUUUAGAAAAUAAUAAACCAUAUUCUAUAAAUAAAUUAGCUGAAAAAAUACUUGAUAGUUCAACAUCAACUUCAUUAAGUACAAAGGAGGCAACACAAAUCUUAAAUAUAAUGGAUAAAAGAUUGCCAAAUGAAAUUUUUCAAAUAGUCGAAUUUAAAAAUGGAAAACCAAGCAAUGAAAAUGAAACAAAAAUAAAAGAAGAAAUUCAAACUCGCAUCGUUAAGUUUAAUUUUUUUAAUAAAAGAGAUGAAAUACUUAAAUACCUUUCCUAA